AUCCGUCCUCUGAGAUACUUUGAGGAUGUGACAGCAGCUGUGUCAGAGGUCAGAGACAAACUACAGGACGUCCUGAGGGAGACAUGGACAAAAGUCUCACUGACAUCAACUGAAGUGGAUGUUUUACUGUCACCAGCAGAGCCCAAGACCAGAGAUGGAUUCUUAAGAUAUUCACGUGAAAUCACACUGGAUCCAAACACAGCACACAGAUAUCUGUUAUUAUCUGAGGGAAACAGAAAAGCAACAGAAAUGAGUCAACUACAGUCUUAUUCUAGUCACCCAGAAAGAUUCAAUGUCUGGUUUCAGGUCCUGAGUAGAGAGAGUCUGACUGGACGUUGUUACUGGGAGGUGGAGUGGAAAGGGACAGAAGUUAGUCUAGCAGUUGCAUACAAGGAUAUCAGCAAAACAGGGGACAUGAAUGAAUGUAGAUUUGGAUUCAGUGACAAAUCUUGGGCAUUAUAUUGUUACCAAAACAGUUAUAAUUUUUGGUACAACAACAUCCCAACUCCUGUCUCAGGUCCUCGGUCCUCCAAACUUGGAGUGUAUCUAAAUCACAGAGCAGGUAUUCUGUCCUUCUACAGCGUCUCUGAAACCAUGACUCUCCUCCACAGAGUCCAGACCACAUUCACUCAGCCUCUCUAUGCUGGACUUGGGCUUUAUGGUGUUGGAAACACAGCUGAGUUCAUUAAACUCAAAUAAACAGAAGUAACUUCCGAUGCAGUUUGUUAAAAUCUUUAUUUUAAAGCUGAAACUUCUUAGUUUUCCAUGUUUGUUGCUUGGAGCCUAAACUGACAUCUGUCCAGAUGAAAAUGUAAACUUCUCUGUGCUCUAAAUGUUGGAGGAAUAUUUGCAUUGAUGUGUUUGUGUGUUGUUGUGUCUCCUCCAGAGAAAUCACCAGACUUUCCUUUAUCACUGAGGUUUUGUUCUCACACUUUGUCCAUGUGUAAAGAAAUCUAUAAUGACACUGACAUGUGUUUGUGUGGCAGACCAGAUGUUGUUGUUGUCCACAUCUAUGGACCAAUGAGGUGUGUGGUAUACGGGGGUUUGACCUGUUAUAACACUGUGAUCAUCGUGAC